AUGUCUGGAGGUAAAGGAUUCGAUCAGGAAACUAUUCAGGCCAUGAUGCAAAAUCCUGAGCUGAUGGCACAGCUACAGCGUCGCAUGGAAGGUCUUACUGGUAAGGGUUCAGGGUAUGUUGAAUCACUUCCCAAGCCUAUCCAAAACCGUGUAAAAGCACUCAAGAACAUCAACCGCGAGCACCAGGCCCUACAGCGCCAGUUUAACCAGGAGUUGCUAGCGUUGGAGCGUAAGUUCUUGACACUGAACGAACCACUGUACACACGCCGAUCGAAGAUCGUGACCGGUGAUUACGAGCCUACUGAGGAGGAGUGCAACUACGUCGACAGCGAUGAGGAGAGCGAUGAAGAAGACGAGGACAAGGUUGUUGACCUGGAUAGUGAAGGUGACAAAGAAGCACAGGAUGCUUUAGACGAGAUCGAUGUCAAGGGCAUCCCUGCGUUCUGGUUGACCGCAAUGCAGUGUAACCCGGAUAUCGACAAUAUGAUUGAAGAACAAGAUCGGGAAUGUCUGGAGUCGUUGGUGGAUGUUACGUACGAGUACUUAGCCGAGGGUGAAUUUGGUUUUAAACUAGUGUUCAAAUUCGAACCCAACGAGUACUUUACCAACACGGAACUUAUCAAGACAUAUCACCUCAGCGAUGACGGCACCAGCACAGAGUUGAUGUUCGAGCGCGCAGAGGGCACCGUCAUUGACUGGAAAUCGGCCGAGAAGAACUUGUGUGUAACCACCAAGAGCAAGAAGCAAAGACACAAAGCCAGCGGACAGAUCCGUAUGAAAACGAGUACCGAACCUCGCGAGAGUUUCUUCAACUUCUUCUCACCCCCCGAGAUGCCAUCGGAAGAGGAUAUUGAUGCAGAUCAGGAGGCAGCGGAGGAAAUCAGUGAGCGGUUAGAGGCUGACUAUGAGUUGGGCGAGACUAUUAAAGACGAGAUCAUCCCAAGGGCCGUGUUCUGGUUCACUGGCGAGGCAUUGGAGGACUAUUCCGAUGACGACGAUGAAGACGACUAUGAGGAUGACGACGAUGGUGAUUUUGACGACGAAGAUGACGAGGAGAAUGAUGGCGACUACGAACCCAAGAAGGAUACCCCCGAAGAGUGCAAGCAACAAUAA